CCUGAGGUCUUCCGAAUGGGGUUAUGAAUUGCAGGCGUGGAACCAACUGCUAUCAUUAUCUGCCCCAGAGAUUUUCUACAAACAGUGGAAGGAUGAAUUUCUUGACAAAUUCCAGAAAAGAAUAAACAAGGUUUCCGAACUUCGUCAGAUUGAGCUAUAUUGUCAGGCUGGUGACAAGAAUUGUAAUCCAGAGAUCGUAAACUGUUUGAGCAAAACCGCUUUCGAAGCUGUAGAAAAAAUAGUGGAAAAUCGUAAAGGAGAACAGAACGCUUUUACUAUAUUAAGUAAGAAAGACUCAGCUAAUGGUAUAAAACUGCUAAGGUCAAUGCUGGAAAAAUCUUGGCCGCGUGAACUAAAGGGUAAUUGUCAUAUGAAUGAAAAAGAGAGGGGUGAAGUCUUGCUGAGACAUCUUCUCACAUGGUCAAUAUGGCCUGGAUUUCUCAAAUUUUUUGGAAAUAGCACCUGGGGUGAAACAGAAGUGACAGAGAGUGACAGCGGAACAAUUUUGGUGAGUGCUGUGUCGUGCGUCGAAAAUGUUGUAAACUCGGUCAACGAUGGGACAGUUACAGCUGCAACAUUGAAGGUUUUACGAGAACAUUCCAAACAAUUUUUGGAACUGUGUGAGGUGCAUCAGACAAAUCAGAGUGGCUCUCAACACGUUCCAAUGAGGACCACUUUUGAGACACGACUUUCCGAACUCAGGGAGUUUCAUAAUUUGAAUGGCCAGCUGAAAUGUUUUCUUGAUCUCUGCAGCUUCAAACGAGUCGAUGAAGUGCUUCGUGCCUUGAGCGAAAAAAUUGUGCAAGACUUUAGUGAGUUAUCAAUACGGGAUAUAUGCGUUCAAAGAUCUGGUAGAUUUGACGUAAUAUUCUUUAACCUCGAUGACAAGUAUCUUGAUAUGGUGUCUAGGAUUAAUGAGAUAGAAAGCAGUCGAAUUUUCGUUAAGCUAUGGCGUAAAUACAGCGAGAAAUUACAAAAUGAACAAGUCACAAUGGAAAAUAUUUUGCAAAUUUGGAUCAAAGUAUGUGAACAACUCGAAGAAAUAAGUGAACAGUUUGGAAACGGCGAAAUGCUACUCAAGGACAUUGAUAAAUAUUUAGAUUUGUUUCAGACGAAUUACACCGAUUUAGAAGGCGAAUUCAAACUGCUUUUCUCGUUUUUGAGUCAUCCAAAGAAACAUUUGGAUGAAACAGAGAGAAACCUCGCUGCCAGAAUCACGCAAGUAAAGAGAUAUAAGAAGAUUUCUGAUGCUCGUCAAGCUGGGAAGGCAAUUCUCCAAUUAAAAGAAACGUUGCGUCUCACUGGCGAUUUCUCAGUGGUUGAAAAGAUAGAAGAGAUUAUUAGUGGGAACCUAAAAGAUGUAGCCAUCAAAGACGUGGAUGGCAAUCUACUUAAAGCUGGAGAACUGUUAGAUGAAAUAGACGAGAAAAGAAGAGGAUGUUUAACGACUUUUACGGAAUGUUUUGAUUUAGUUGCCUGGCUAAAAAAGAGUAUAAAUGAUGAACAAGAGCUCAAAGUAUUUGUUGAUUUGGCGUUGAUUUCAGCCGGGGAAGAUGACAUGGAAAUUGACCGGAUUUCGUGUAUGCAUACAAGUUGUCUUGGGUUUGGAUCGUUAAUUUUCGGUUACAAAACAAGUCAUGGAUUUGAUGAACUAAUGCGACUUUGUCAACCUGUGUGGCACGCUGUUGACGCUAAUCCAGGCAUUGGAGAAAAAUUGGUAUCCACUAAGAAAAGCCUGUCAUGGUUGAAGCAAAUAAAAGAGUCUCAUGGUUCAGUUGCACUUACAACUAUGGUUCAAGUUGAAGCUAUCAAUUCCUGUGGUACUUAUUACAUUGCAGACACCGAGAUGGCUAAAGAAGUUAAGUACGCGAACGCUGCAGGUGGAUUAAAUUUUGAAAAUUUAGUGUGUCUCAAUGUUCCUGAAGAUCCUCAAAAAAAUCGAGAAAGAAAAGUUUAUAGUCUGGAAGAAAUAAAGGACGUACAGAGUAAACUUAUGUUGAUUGCCGGUAAAGCAGAAAGUGGAAAGGAGGAAGUUGACAAAUUUAAUGAGAUUUUUGAUGGAAUACUCAGAAUAAGCCAUUUGUACUUGCAACUUUGUGAGGUUGGUCAGAUCAACUACUUAACAUGGAAAAGUAAAUACCAAUGCAGUAAAGCGGACGACGAGAGGAAUAGGCUUUUAGAGAACAUUGAAGAAACCUGUGAAACAAUGGAACGUGAUUUAAAGAAAUGGAAGGAAUAUUUUCAUGAUGCAAGAAACAGCUGUUAUUCUUUGAAUCAUUUUACUAUGAAACAGAUUUUACACCUAAGGCUAGAGUUAGCAAAAGUUUGUGUUGGGCAUGUGGCCAUCGAUGAACUGCGAUUGCAGACUUUUAUGCUCCUCGAGUCUGUUAACAAGAAUGUAGAGCCUUUGCUUCUUGCAAAUGUCUUAAAAACAAUGGUUCCUGAAAACGUGGUGUUCUUUACAGAAAAAAAUUCUAAAGACGGAGAAAAAUAUUUUGAGAGUGAUAUGGAAUGUGAAGGCAUUUCGUCAGAAAAUAUCGAAGAAGAUGUGACUUUUCCAAGCCAACAGAGACGAAAGAUCUCGCUUGAAACUUUUAUGAGUGCAAAAGAGAAACUCGAGGGAAUGGGAGAGCGUUUUAAAGAAAAAUAUCUUGUUGCUGCUUUACAAAUUUGCGGUCGUUAUGCAACUGAAGAAGAUCUUAUAGCACAUGUUGUUUUUGGAGAAGAAGAUAAAGAAACUGUUAUGAAGUAUUAUGAAGAUGCGAAGCGAAAUCCACAACUGUCAGAUCUAAUUGCAGAUCUAUUAAAUUCAGAGUGCCAGUCCGGAGAUGCUGAAGAAAGCAAAAGGGAAAUUAUAGGGCAAAAAAUUGACCGAAAGCCUGUCACACCAUACGUAAAAAACAAGGAGGAUACUUACCUCAGUUUGGAAAUUCUAACUGACAUUUUAGACGAACUUUCAGAAUCAGCCAUAGGUGCUGAAUCCCAACGUAUGCGGAGAAAGAUGCCGUCAGGCCUAAUGGAGGGUGAACCCAACUUACUACUUGUUCCAAAAGCGGAAGUGUUCGGUUGUCUCCUGUCGCUCUUCAUGGGAAAUGAAGCCCGUCAACCCUUACCAACUGAUGAAGAAGUGAUUGUCUGCAAUGAAAAUACAACAGCUGAAGAGAUUGAGUUACUCUGGCGACGCGCAGUCGUUGACGACAAAGGACAGUUGUUUUGUCUUGCUAAUGCGGAUCUUUUGGAUUAUGAUGUCAGCCAACAGGUUGUUCGUUCUUUGGAAUUGUUAACACAAGGACAAUCCAAAUACCACUUGGUCGUGAUUUGCAGCAUUGAGAACGAGGACAGAUCGAAUAUGGUUACAUCCUUGGAUCAGAAUCGUCGCCAUUUCCCGCCAAUCCCAUCUACGAAAGCUAUUCAAAAUUAUUUGAAAGAACAACUUAUGGUUUCAGGCACAGAAACAGUCGGCAAUGUUCAUUUGGCACCAGCAGCCACGGUUGACGUGGAAAAGUUAUCUGUUCGUGUGAUUCAGUCGUCUAGAGCAGGCAUGGGAAAGAGCUUGUUUAUCAAACAUCUCGCAGAACAAUUGGAAAACCUUCCAAGCAACAAAAAGCUUCGUAAGGGCCUAGUUCCGUCGCUAUGUGCUACAAUUCCUGUGCAUGGAAUCUCUGUGGACAGUGAUUGUGUCACCCGCGAAUUUCUCUCCCAUGCCGUAAAAAGGGAUAUUCCUGUUUCAAGGAUAUUUCAUUUGGACAUGUCUCAAUCGGUUGUGAAAGGACUUGACAAUAUCCUGUUUCAACUUCUCAUUUUGAGAGUUGUAAAAGAUAAGAGUGGGAAUGUCUGGAGAAGAAAGUCGACUGAUAUGUAUGUAGUUGAAAUUACAACUGACAAAUCAUUUGAAGCCUUAACAACUGACGCGUCCUUAACAAACUCCAACUACAGCCAGACUAUGCGAAAACGACUGGCAACAGAAAAGUACUCAUUUGUGAAAUACCUACCUCGAACACAUUGCUCGACACCCAGGGAAACGUUGGACAACAUAAGACACAAUAGAGGGGGUAAUACUGGAUUUGACAUGGAAAAGUUCCGUAGUGAAGAAUAUCAACGCACAUUUCAAUACCUUACACAGUUUGCAGCGGGGCAAAAUUUAGACAAAUUCUUGUUCAUAUAUGAUCCUCGUGUUACCAUUGGCGACCCCGUUGAUGCCUUAACGUUCAUAAUUAAAUAUUGUGGGAUUCGUGAUCCAUCUUGGGCAGAGCUACAUCAUUUUGUAAAUUUCUUGAAUGUCCAGCUUCGCGACUGUGAAGAAAGCGUUUUCUGUAACGCUAAGUUAGCGGGUGAUCUCUUACAAGGUUUUAAGACUUUUGUGGUUCGUUUCAUGAUUGAAAUGUCUCGAGAUUUUGCCACACGAUCACUAAGUGACAGUAACUUGGGCGUAGAUGAUACACAAACAGCGGAUGAAGAUGAUGAUUUAGCCCCAUUUGAAAUACGGAAGCGUUGGGAAUUGAGUCCUCAUCCUUAUAUAUUUUUUAACCAUGACCGCGUCAGCAUGACUUUCCUUGGAUUUCGUCUGAGCGAUAAUGGUGAUUUGCUUGAUCCCGCUACCAAUAAAGUUUUAGAGCAAAAAAUGAUGGAGCCAACUUUGAGAGGACAACUUAAGCAUCAAGGAGUUAAUUUUGACACCAACUACGAGAAACGUGACAAAAUGGCGCGUAUCGAGAAAUUGUGCAGCGUCAUGGGAAUCGAAUUUUUAUAUGACCCUGAUCCUACAUACGAAUUGACAACCGACAACGUCAAAAAAAUCCUGGCAAUUCACAUGCGAUUCAGGUGUGGCAUACCAGUAAUUAUCAUGGGAGAGACUGGAUGUGGCAAAACUCGGCUUAUUAGAUUUAUGUGUGAACUUCAAGCUGGACCCGAUGGACCAAAAAAUUUGUUACUCAUGAAGGUACAUGGUGGAACUAGUUAUGCAGAAAUUGAAAAGAAAGUGGUAGAAGCAGAGAAAAGAGCUUUUUACAAUCAGAAGAAUGAGGAGAUCAAUGUUGAUACUGUCCUUUUCUUUGAUGAAGCCAAUACAACAGAUGCAAUUGACCUGAUCAAAGAAAUAAUGGUCGAUCGAAGGGUGAAUGGACGUGCUAUAAAUCCUGCACUGACGAAACUGCAUUUCAUCGCUGCUUGUAACCCAUAUCGAAAGCACACGAAGAAAAUGAUCCAGAAACUAGAAUCUGCAGGGUUGGGGUAUCAUGUAUCAGCUGAUGAAACUGAUGAUAAAUUAGGUUCAAUUCCACUCCGUCAACUUGUGUAUCGAGUCCACCCCUUGCCAGAGAGCAUGAGACCACUAGUUUGGGACUUUGGUCGACUUACAGAUCACACAGAAGAACUUUAUGCUGCGCAGAUCGUGCGGAGGUCUAUGGUAGCGACAACGCCAGAUAUCAAAUUUGAUGGAACCGAAGCCCAAGCAUCUUGUAUUGCUACAGUGCUGUCAGCUUCACAGAAAUAUAUGCGUGAACAAAAGAACGAGUGCAGCUUUGUCAGUUUGCGUGAUGUUGAAAGAGCGAUGAAGGUUAUCACCUGGUUUUAUUCGAACUCUGAAUUGAUCAUCAAAAUUAUUGGUGAUGUAGAUGGAAAUGGUGAUAAAAAUACUAGUUCUGAAGAAUCUAGUGAAGAAGAAGAUUAUCAGUCUAAAGAAGAAUUUGCGAUAGGCGAACAACCCUUGAGUCAAAUUGCCCGUGCACUAAUCCUGGGGAUUGGUGUUUGUUACUAUGCCCGAUUAAAUACAAGAGAAGAAUAUUGUCAAGAAAUCUCGAGAUAUUUUGACAAUUCCUGUCCUCUUCCGGGAGGUGGACGCAGGAUGCAAAGGGAAAUCGAGAGGUGUCAACGUGGAUUUUUGAAUGGCAUACAAGUGGGUCAGAAUAUCGCCAAAAAUAUCGCUCUAAGUGAGAACGUCUUCAUGAUGGCAAUUUGUACCGAGUUGCGCAUCCCGUUGUUUGUGGUCGGCAAACCUGGCAGUUCGAAAUCUUUAGCGAAAGACGUUAUAUCCACCAACAUGAAAGCUGGAAACUCGCAAAGCGAAUUGUUCAAAAACUUAAAACAGAUCCACAUGCAAUCGUACCAAUGCAGUCCAUUAUCCACGCCCGAAGGCAUCGUCUCUACCUUCAAACAAUGUGCUAAACUACAAAAAGACAAAGACUUGAAAAAGUUCGUGUCUGUGGUAGUAUUAGACGAAAUUGGAUUGGCCGAGGACUCUCCUCUGAUGCCUUUGAAAACGCUCCACCCUUUAUUAGAAGAUGGCACAGCAACAACUGAAGAAUCAGGGACAACAUCCGAUCAUCACCGCGUUGGUUUUAUCGGUUUAUCCAAUUGGUCAUUGGACCCCGCCAAAAUGAACCGUGGAAUUAUGUUGAGUAGAGGAGUACCAAAUGAAAAGGAGCUGCAAGAUAGCGCCAGUGGAAUUUGUUCAUCUCGCCAAGAAAUAAAACUACGUCUUGAGACAACUGUCUCGAAGUUAUGCAAAGGGUAUUUUAAACUCUACGAGGAACAAAGCAAAUCAGACACACUCAAAAAAGCUCAAAAAGAUGAAUUUUUUGGACUUCGAGACUUUUACAGUUUAGUAAAAAUGGUGUUUGGUUUUGCUGUACAAAAAGAAGAGCAGGGUGAUCAAAUCAGCGUUAUAGAACUGGAAAAAUCCAUACGGAGGAAUUUCAGUGGCUUAGAUGACAUUGAUCCAGUAAAAACAUUUUGUGAGAAGGAACUUUUUCCAAGACUUAAAGAGACUGUUGGGCGUCCUUCCCCUGAAUGCUUCCCGGUGAAUCUUAUUCAAGAAAGCCUUGUAAGAACCGAAAAAGAAGGGGAAAGUCGCUAUUUACUUGUUCUAACUGAGAACUACGCAGCGCUAAGAUUAUUACAGGGGCAGUUUUACGAGCACGAUCCAGUUAUUAUUUUUGGAAGCAGUUUCCCGAAAGAUCAACGAUACACACAGAUUUGUCGAAACAUCAAUCGAAUUAAAGUAUGCAUGGAAACUGGAAAAAUGGUGAUUUUACUCAACCUAGAAAGCCUUUAUGAAAGUUUAUAUGAUGCAUUAAAUCAGUAUUAUGUGUAUCUUGCUAAUCAAAAGUAUGUUGACCUUGGUCUGGGGAACCACAGAGUGAAGUGUAGAGUGGCGAAUGAAUUUAAGUUGAUUGUGGUUGCUGAAAAAGAUGUUGUUUAUCGGCGAUUUCCAAUUCCUCUUAUCAAUCGACUGGAAAAGCAUUUACUUGUAAUGUCAACUGGCCUAACAAAACACCAAGCUGUUUUGGUCGAAAAACUGCAAGAGUGGGUCGAAGGUUUCUCAGAAGCAUCUCCCGAAUUUUCAUGUAAUAAAAGCCUAUUCAAGCCUGGCGAUUGCUUUGUUGGAUACCAUAGCGACACUGCUGCUGCAGUGAUCAUCAAAAUUGAAAAGGAUUCGCCUGAUGAUCAGAUUCUUCUGCAAUCAAAACUCGCGCUGUUACAAUGUGCAUCUCCUGAUGCUAUCGCAAGACUACCAGCGACAAGAAUGAAAGGUGAUGCGGAGAAGCUUUGGAAUGUAUAUUUCAAAACUCAAAGACAUGGAAGUUUGAAAGACUAUUUGGUUGCUUGCCUGGAUAGAGUUACUCCUGAAAAACACGGAUCUCUUAUACAAAUAACCACACACUCAAGAUUGUUAUCGCCAGGAAAUUCACGGUCCAUAGCAUCAGAUGCUGGAUUCAAAGGCUCAAAUGCUCGUUGUAUUAGCCUUCAGGAAUUUCACACUGAACAACAAUUCACCAAAACAUUAGAAGAAUUUUUUGUUUCACUUGGUGGUGCUGAAGGUCUCCUUCUUGUCCAAUGUGAUAAUGGUGAAGCGAAUUCUAACUUAAUCGCCUGCUGUCGACAUCUUGUUGAUGAUACCCGGCGUCGUAAAAUUGAAAGUUUUGAUGGGCCUGUUAAGCCUAUCCACGUCGUAUUUAUUAUUCAGUUACCAAAGAUUGCUGGUGGUUGUCAACACUUUGUAGGGUUUCAAGGUGGAAAGUGGCAAUCGAUCCAUAUUGACGAACUUCUUGAAUCGAGCGAACAGCUUCCACAAAUUGAACAGCUUAUGAACCGCUCUGUGAGUGAUUUAUUCAAGCCAGUAAACCUUGCAAGCAGUGAUGAUAUUGAGAGUAUGGAUGUUGAUGAACAUUAUGAUGGGGAUGUGCGUAUGGAGGACAUUAAAUUAGAGCAAUCAGAUAAAAAACGAACUGCUCUGAGCGAAAUAAAGGCAGCAUUGCUACUGAAAAAUUGUCUGCAGGCUGCCGCAGCAAGAAUCUACGAUGAGUCAGCGGAGAUUGACAGAGCCACGAAACGCAUAGAAAUAUUGCUUGAGUUUUUACCAGAAGAUGAUACACAAGAAACAGAUCUUUCCCAAAUCCUAGCAUCUCGUGUUUAUGGACUACUCGUGGAACGGGACGAGAAAUGUUUUCAGGAUCAGAAACUCUGGCUACAACACGAGGCAUUGUCUCAGGGGCAUCUCCAGGAAACUGGGACAUUCAGAAAAGCGUUAUGGCAGAAACUUUCUUCGAUUGUUUCCCCGAUAUUGUCUGAAGUGAUAGCAUUCUGUGAUCGAAAUUACAACCUCAAUAUACCGCAUGAAGGAAAGGAAUGGAAAUCGCGAUUGUGGUUUUGGAUGCUUAGUGAAGUACAAAUUACGCCUUUAACUUACGAUUCGUUUAUUUCCCCUGAAUCACAAAGAAUAAGAGAAAGAGCCUUUGUUCAAAAUACAGGUGUUGGACAUCCUUUUAACGGGAAGUUUCCGUUUUCAUGGAUCAUUAAAGAUAUAGUCAGCGAUCUUUUAAUAAAAGUUGCAGGCGACCUUUCAAAGACACUGCUUCAACUAAGAGGGAUCUUUUACCAAUCACCACUGGGAAAUUACCUGAAAGUUAUUUUUGGAGACAAAGAGAAUAAAAAGGAAGCAACAGAAAACUACCUUCAUGAUUUUCUUCACAUGAUGUACAAACCGAUAGAGAAUGGGGAAUUGGAGUUGAUAUACGAUGCCUUUUUCGAAGCUUCUGGGCAAAUACAUCAAUUGCUGCACGAAAAUGAAGAUUUUGACAUUGACAUUCCUUUUAUUCAUUUCACUUACUCCCUCAUUGAAGCUCGUUUGGCAAACUUUUCUGAACUGGUUCAUGCUUUUCCCGGUCUAGUGAAAGAACUAAUAAAGCUAGGAGAUCGGUUGAAAGUUGGAGAAAUGAUACUGGAUACGGUAGCACUUGAGUAUUGCUUGCAGAAGUUGGAACCAACACCCAAAGAUCUGGAAAGCAUUGGUAAUAGAUCAUGUUGGUGCAACCGUGUUCAGCGUGUUGGCCCAGUUGUGAAAGUUUUAAAAAAUCUGAAAUAUAGCUGGAAUAAACAACAGAACAAAGAUGGUGACCAAGCUGGAUUUGUUACUCGCCUGUUUGGAGAAAAAUCUAUUGUAAUUUUUGAAGAAUGCAGAAUGAUGUGGAUACGUUUAGAUGUUGUGCGCAUGUUUAUCGAACAUACAUGCCCACCUGGCCAGCGAACCUAUGCAGCUAAUGCACAGAACGCUUUUAUACUGUGGAAGGUUUUAGGAGAAAACCUCGACUUUUCUACCGUCCGUACUAUGACUGCAAUAGAGAGAUUCCUGAAGGAUUGCUGUGAAAGAAUUAGCAAACGAUUCAUCAGAUAUGAUAUCACUCAAUGUGAGAUUUGUAAACGUCCACUGCGAGAUCCUAUUUUGAUGCCAUGUGAUCAUACAUGUUGUAUGCCUUGUGCAAGAGGGUGGUUUAAAGAUCAUAACGCUUGUCCUAUGUGCAGGAAAGAAGUUGGUAAUGACUUCAAAGUUGUUGCCAAUAAAAAAUGCAGAGAUGCCCUGGAGAUGUACAACAAUUUCCGUAAUCGCUGCAAGUCAUUCUUCGUGGAGCUUGUUUCGUUGUAUUGCUUUCGAAAACAGCUGCCAGAACCAGAUUUAGUACGAAAAUUCAUCAAUUACGUGAUUAAUGAUGAGAAUAAAACUGAAGCUUUUACACCUUUUGGUGGACAAGGAAUUGAUGUCACACCUGUUAUCAGAUCGUAUAUUUUGCAGCAACUUCUGGCAAUAAAGGAGAGACGAAAUGAGGUCCUGGAAUAUUUGGAAGAAUACCUACGCCGUGCCAAGGGAUUAGGUGAAAGAGAACAUUUAAUCGAAGUUUGUGUAUUGUGUGUUCAGUGUAUGGAGGACGUGGAAACUGUGACGUUAUUAAAGGCAAGAGAAGGGGGAGAAAAUGUGCAACUCAAUAUUGCCAGCCGAAUACUGGAUAGAUCGCUACGAAAUAUUUCAUCUUCAUCAAACACUCUUACUGUUUCUUGCCUUGAAGAUAUCGCUGGAAUAAGAUCCGCAUUGGAGGUCGUUUCUAGCUAUUUGAGCGAUGACUUUGCUGAUAAUGUUAAACGGUUCCCAAAGCUUUCGAACUGCCUUGCAUCAGCGAAACAACUUUGUAGUAGAUUUGUGGUUAAGUUGUUCCUUUUGAAACAGUUAGUUCGCCAUGAUCCGAAUGGAAUUGAUGCGGUAAAAGAAAGAUGUAGAAAAGAGGAACUAAAUUGGAUCAUGCCCCCGCAGUCGGAGGAACAAGAUAAGACUCCAGACCCAUUUAUUGUUCAUCGUGAUGAGUAUCAUACUGUGCGAGAAGCUCUUGGCAAAGCUUUCCUCACAUCUAGUCUCGACAACUUACGCGACGUCCUACAGAAUUUACAGAUUCAGCCACCAGCGCGUUGGUGUUAUAUUUUGCUUGCCCUUUUCCGUGAAGUAACAACAAGUUUUGGACAUUCAAACAAAGAUGAUAGAAUUCCCUCCAAGGUCUUGAAAACGCUGAAAAAAUACAUUACCGGGAUCAAGGACUUACCAAACGAAGUAAGGACUUUAUGA